AUGGAGACAUAUUACGGCCACGUCCGCACCCCGGCAGACGCUAUCAUCCUUUUCGAGGCCUGUCGGAUUGGUCUGUUGCCGCGAGUACAGCGUCGACUAUCAGAGAAGGAGCGUCAAUCAAUUCGAUCAGGAUCAGUGUUCGUCUGGGAUGAGCGGGAAGCGGGUAUGCGACGAUGGACCGACGGCAAAUCAUGGAGUGCGAGUCGGGUUUCUGGCAGCUUUUUGACGUAUCGUGAGAUGGAAGGCAAGCGAGGCGGCGGUGCCGUGCCCCAGACUUCAGUAUCACGACCAGGAAAGACGCCAGAGAGCAGAGGCAGCGACGACGAUCGAGGUGAUGGAACUGAUGAAGGCCCUGACGGAUAUCGGUAUAAGCCUGAUGGUCUCAUGAAACAAUCCUUCAGUAUUACUACAUCAACUGGCCAGCACCUUCACCUGAUCAGCUACUACUCUCGCUCUCACCCGUCCGCUGCCAACCUUCAACAACCCACCACCGACCCAGCUCUCCGUCAUGUUCGACCACAAAAAGGUCUGUACCCCGAGUCAACGGUCAACGAUCAGCAGAACCUCCCCGUGGUGACUCGCGGUCCAAUGCCUGGUGCUGCCGCUUACCCCAUCACUCCUCACCCCAUGGGUGGUUUCCCUCGCACGAAUCCUGGACAUGCCCAGGCUUAUACCCAACUACACCACCCUUGGCCUCCUACUCCGUUGGCUACUCCGCCGACUAUUGCGGUGCCAUAUCCCGGUGCCUCUUAUCUACCACCAGUUGCUGCCGCUGGCGGUCCUCCAUAUGGACCUCCUCAGCACCAGCCUCCACCCCACAUACAGCAAUCCUCUCACGGUCUGCCACCUCCGCCUCACGCAAUGGCCAGCCCAUUCGACCGGCCGGGACACCACGAAUCUGCAAUGCCACCAGCGGGCCCACCACCAGCCGGAGCACCCGUCUACCAAGGACGAUCGCCGCGAUCUCUGCACCAGCCACCACCUGAGCAGCGGAGUCCCCGGAUAUACGGACAGCCAAUCUCAGAUCCGCGCAUGGCCUCGCCGAGAAACCCACCAGGUUCUAUUAUGCAGCCUAACGGCGUGAGACACAGCCCACAGUUGCCGAAGCAGACCCCACCUACAACAGUACGACAGCUUGGAUCUAUCGGUACUCCUCCCAAGCCUGAACCGGGUACUGUCCCUGGUAUUGGCUCGCUUAUGAGCGGCACUUCUCUUGCUCCGAUUACUUCAGCUGGUUCUCCUGCCGGUGGGCCUGGAAGCCCACCUGGUGCUCGGCCCUCCGUCACCGUUGACGGACCCCGAGAUAUUCCCAACGACAAGAUUGGGUUCGGAGGGGAGGACGUGCGAGCUUUGCGCCAGUUGGACCGGGUGUUCAUCUGA